ACGGCUGUCUCAAGAAUAGCGAAUAAAUAAACGAAACGUUCAAGCGCAGAAAGUUUGUACAUGUAGCUUAAUAACUCCACUUAAUAGCUUUCACCUAAAAUAUGCAGUUGCGGUAACGUUAGUUAACACACCGUUUAUCCCAAAAACAUGGAGGGAUACGACACAACUGUCCGAAUAUCGGGUUUCGUAUUGAGUUCAAUGAUGUUUCAUCAUUUGAAUUGUGAUGCGGAUGUGGAAGGUCUCGUUCUCGGAGAGAGUGUCGGAGAGGAGAACUGUAGAAUCACAGACUCCCAGAUUGAUCAAAUACAGGUUGAGCACACUAUACACAUUCAAAAACACAUCCCUUGUCGUAAACUCCAUAGUUUCUACAGUAAUGUUGGCGUUGUGAGCGAGCAGAAAAUACGACAGAUACUGUCAGAUUACAAAGAGGAGAAUGUGAUUGGCUGGUACAAACAACGACGGAACACGAGUCAGCGAAUGACCUUCAUGGAACAAGUGAUUCAUCAGAAUAUGAGAAAAAACCUGUCCAAUCAGGAACUUGUUUUCUUAUUGCUUACACCUUCUCAGGCAACAGUAUCAGGCUCCACCCAUCGCCUUGAGUUCUCAGCUUUCAUAUGGCACAGCAGCCAGUAUAUAAAUAUACCGAUCUUGGUAAGCAAUCUGGGAAAUCUUGAACAACAGGACUACUGGAGAGUAUCAGCCAUUUGUCCGUCUUUAGGACAGAGCCAAGCUGUUAAUCAACACAGGACCAAAUUUUUCUGCUCAGGGGAUGAUUUAAAGGAGGUCAGAAAUGUCAGUGACAUGAAUGAUGCCUUAUUGGCUGAAAUGCAGAACAUGUGUAAGGAAGUUGAGAAGAGUGAAAGAGCAGUGGAGAAGCUUCAAGCAGACAUCACUCAACUCAAAGAGGCUCUCAGAAACCAGAAGAAACACUCAAAGAAAAAUGAUACCCGAGAAUGUGCCUCUCCAGAUGAACCCAAAGAAAACAUUCUUCUGUGUUCAGCUCUGAGAACUCUUUUCCCCGACGCACCCUCAUUACGGACACAAACCCUCACUGUUCAGGGUUUCCCUGUAUUAGAACUGUGCUGUAAUACUGACCACCAUGUUGACAUUCCCACCAAACUGCCUCUGAUUCUAGAGAAUCAACACAACAAGAGGAAUGUGGACCGAGCCCCAAGACUCAGGAAAAAAUGCCUUGCUGCUGGUUUUUCUCAGAGACUUAAAAGGAAGAGGAAAACCAAUGAUGCCAAUGAAUCAACCUUGGAGAGCAGCUCAGAUACAGAGAUUGAGAUGAAUGGACAGAGCAGAAGUAAUUCUCCUAUCUUUUAAAAAAAUAUUUUUAUUGAUCGAGUAAAUCUACCUGGUUGGAAGGCAUUACAGAUUUUAUACCUGAAUGGUUGCCUUUAUUUUCAUGCCUACUGCACGUGGGUUGUGCUAUUUUGUUAAACUAUUUUAAAACUUAAUUUUUUAUAAAACCUUCCCACAAAAUUAAAAGUAAUGUGAAUUGA